ACUGACUAAAGAGCUCGCGCGCAGCUGCUCAACACAUUCACAGAUCUCCUGAAGAAAUGUUAUGACUACAGUAGUGAGAAGAGUCUGUCUGUGACAAUAUUUGUUUCGUCUCUCGUCAGAUUCAUGCACUUUUAAGGUAAAGAAGCAAAAUGGCACACCCUCUGCAUCUCCUGUUUGGUGUAAAUACAUUGUCUGUGAUUUUAUCACUGGUCUGUAUCGGUGAUUCUAGCACAAAGUAUGGAGAAGACUGUGAAUUGAUGCAGAUAAAGAUCCCAAUGAUCCAGGACCAAAGCACAGUGAGACUUCAAAGCCCAGAAUUCAUUGCUGAUGAUUUCGGCAAGCCAGUAGUGAUGUGUGGGGUUGAGUGCCAAAAAAAUCUGCCAGAGCUGAAGCCCACUGAGCUGCAAAGACUACUCUCAUAUGAAACAAUGUACGAGAACGGAAUGCGCACCUUCACCAAAAUCAAACUGGAUGGGGUCACUGAUGUUAAAAACACGUCUGCUUUUGUUUUCUGCAAACAAGGACACUCCAAACGUAGAAAACGACAGGUAUACGGCAUGGACGGGCGUUUUGUGAUCACAGAUAAACAUUUUACCACCAAUUACCCAUUUUCUGCCUCUGUAAAGCUCUCCACUGGUUGCUCGGGUAUCCUGGUGUCACCAAAACACGUUCUGACCGCUGCUCACUGUGUUCACGAUGGACAAGACUACCUGAAAGGAAGCAGGAGUCUCCGAGUGGGCAUCAUGAAGCUUAGCUCCAAACGCAGGAGAGGACGUCAACGAGGAGGCAAGAGGAGAGGAGAAAAGAUAAAAAAUGGUGGAGUGGGAAAUACAGAAGGAGAUGUAGCCACUGAAGAACAUCUAGUUAAAAAAGGCAAGGAACACAGGAGAAAGAACCGUAUUAGACGUGACACCAAUCGGUCCAAACUUACAGAGACAGACUCUAGGCAACCAUCAUUGCGGUGGACUCGUGUCAAAGUAACACAAGUGCCAGCCGGCUGGAUAAAGAGAGUUGGUAAUGAAGUCGCAGUCGACUACGAUUACGCCCUACUGGAGCUGAAAAGACCCCAUAAGACAAGGUACAUGGAAUUAGGCAUCGUUCCUGAAGUAAAAUACAUUCCCGCUGGAAGAAUCCACUUCUCUGGUUUUGAUAAUGAUCAAUCAGGGAAGGUGGUCUACCGUUUCUGUUCAGUCUUAGAGGAAUCCAACGACCUACUGUACCAGUACUGUGAUGCUACAAAGGGAUCUAGUGGAGCAGGUGUGUAUGUAAGGUUACAAGAGCCAAACAGAAAACGGGGAGAAAAAGGGAAGUGGAAGAGAAAAGUUAUUGGUGUGUUUUCUGGACACCAGUGGGUGGAUGUCAAUGGAACACAGAAGGACUAUAAUGUGGCAGUUAGGAUUACACCUCCAAAAUAUGCCCAGAUAUGCCACUGGAUACAUGGAGAUGGCAGUCAGUGUAAACUGGUGUAAAUCCUGCCUAGUAAACAAAACCAAAUUUGUAACAUUGAACUUUAUGUCAUCAGGACCUCAGAAACUUGAUGUUUGGGGUCAAGUGAAUGUGACCCGACUGAUUAUGAUACUGCACAAACAAUGCAUCGGUCAUAGAAAUGUCCGCUGUGAGAUGAAGUUCGAUGCAGUAAUAUUUAUUUGGUUCAAAUGGUUACAUUUCAAGAUUGUUUGUCUUAAAUUUAAGAUUGUUGUUCACAUCACGUUCAGACCAUGUUUAUGUUAAAAACCCAAUAUUGUAUGUUUUCAAUUGUUUCCAAUGGAAGCGCCACGAUUUUCAAAAACGUCAGCAGCUGGCGGGUUUUGCCCGUGCUGAGCGCCAACGCUCGUUAGUUUUUCUGCACUCAGCGCUGAGAGUUGAAAAAUAUUCAACUUGGGUCAAUGUCACUUCUCACUCGAUGAUCCAAUCACAGUGGAGGAGGGGCGGGACAAAUAUCACAACAACCAACAGCACAUCGUUCAACGACUGAUAAACAAUGAAGUAUCAUAGAGACCAAGCGCUUAGCUGAAAAAAGCUGGCAAGCGCCUACAGUCAACGUCCGCCUGGUGUUUCAGCCUCGUUUAAACACUUUGGUGUACACGCCCCCUAAUAAUAAAAAUAUUGUCACUAUUUUCUCACUUCUAUGUCAUUCCAACUCUACUCUUCUGUUUUCCAUACAAGAAAAGUGGAUGGUGACUUACAAUGCCAACUUUUUAAAAGCACUACAACAUAUCCUACACAAUUUGAGAGUUCAGGAAUUGGAUAUUGGGCACACACAAAAAGUUAUUGUUUCACACCUUGCAAGUCAGUUUAAGUUUAACUCAUUCCAUCCCAGGCAACUUUCAAAACACAUAUAGACAUAUUAAUAAAAAUGGCUUGUUUUUGUUAUGAUUUGCCUGGGUCAUGUUAGAGGCAGUGUGACUUUGAUUCUCUUAUGAACAUUCAGUGAAAGUGCGUUUAACCUAUCCCAGUGAGUACCAGUGAACACACACACACACACACACACACACACACUAUUACUGCAUUGCCCAGGGAGCACUCGGGAUAGAGGUGCCUUGCUUAAGGGCAUCAGUCACAACACCGGCCAUGAAAACCGGCAACCUUCUGGUUAAUCCAACUCUCUAAUCAUAACGCCACAACUGCAACCAUAUGCUUAAGAAGUAUGAAAAAUAUUUUCUUAUGCAAACUGGUAAAUUUCCCAGCUGUGUUAAGACCUCCCUCUUAAGUGACUUAAGCUAAUUUCCUAUUAAAAACAAUUUCUCUGCCCUUGCUUCUUUUUUCAUUCAUAGAAGGGAGAAACUAGAAUACAUGAAAAUGAAAGCGGAAUGCACCUCUCCACCACUACUUUGUAUUUUGUAGUACUAUAAGCUUGACAGAAUAAUUCACACUUAUUUUCAUUGUAUAGAUGAUAUCAGCUCAGACAUUCUGGUUAUGAUCUGAUUUUGUGCUUUUACAGAAUAAAAACGACAAAUCAUGCGUAAAUCAUCAAUAAAUGUCAAUAUUAAAAUUUUUGGGGUGAACUAUUCCAUUAAUUUUUUUUAAAGGUUUAUAGGAAGAUGACUAAAUUGUAUUGAAUUGUCCACAUAAGUGUCUGUUUUCUAAUAAAAAAAAUUAUUUUUAUUUUAUUUUAUUUUUAUUUUAUGUUUACCAAUUUACACAGUAAAGUUUUAUUGUUUUGCAUUUACUUACACAGUGAAAGUAUUUGUCUGUCAAAAUGAAUUAAAUUAAAAUAAUAAAUAAAAUUACAGAAACAAUGAAUGCCUUACAACAUCUGCUGUUUUCAACUGCACUUUUGGUUUAAAUGUGCUGUAUUGCUAAAACCAAGUUU